AUGGACGGCGCCUUCUUCUCGUUCCCGUACGAGCCGUACUCUAUCCAGCUGGACCUUAUGCGCCAGAUUUGGGAGACGCUGGAGCGAGGCCACUGCGGCAUCUUCGAGAGCCCCACGGGCACGGGCAAGUCCAUCAGCCUCAUCUGCGGGGCUCUGACGUGGCUCACCAAGCACACGGACGACUGGCUAAGCGACUUCGAGCAGAAGACGGCGGAUCAGGAGGUCAAGUUCCGCCAGCAGAUGGCGAAGGAGGCUCUGGCCGGCAUCGAGAAGCUCCGACUGGAGCCUGAAGCAACCACCAAGAAACGGAAGAUGGCGAUAGCGUACAAUUACACAGAUCGCAAGCGAGGGCGUCAGAGCAACAGUACCAGCAGCAGUAGAGAGAGGAAGCAGGACGGAGACGACGCAGACGAACACUUGGUGGAUGCGUAUGACAGCGAUCGAGUGCGUCGCGGGAGCACUGACAGUGACGAGGAGAGCGCAGUGACUAGAGGUCGAUUUGGAGAAGAGAAGCCGGAUUUUGGCGUAGUGAAGAUCAUUUACUGCAGUCGGACGCACUCGCAGAUUUCCCAAUUCGUCCGCGAAAUCCGGAAGACUGCGUUUGCCGAACGGAUCCGUGUGGUGUCGCUAGGUUCUCGUAAGAACUUGUGUACGAACCCGAAUGUCACAAAGUUGACCUCCGACUUGAGAAUGACCGACAAGUGCUUGGACAUGAUGCAAAGCGGCAAGACCAAGAAUGGCAAGAAAGUGGGCAAGUGCCCAUUUUACGAGAAAGAGCUGCUGGGCCACUACAAAGACUACGCUCUCGCUCAUGUGCAAGACAUCGAGGAUCUACACACGCUAGGUGAAGACAUGUCGAUCUGCUCGUACUACGGCACUCGUGAGAGCAUCCCACUAGCUCAAAUUGUGACGGUUCCGUACUCCCUGCUGCUGAGCAAAGAUGCUCGGGAAACGCUUGGGCUCGGACUGGAAAACAACAUCGUCAUUUUUGAUGAGGCGCACAACAUUAUUGACGCGAUCAACAACACCUACAAGGUUGAGAUUACCAGUAAGCAGCUAGUUGUCGCGCGGAGGAGUUUGUGGUCAUACUUCACGAGAUAUGAGAAGCGAUUCAAAGGCAAGAACGCGUUCUAUAUCAAGCAACUUUUGUCGAUUAUGGAGAGUUUGACGAAGUUUCUUCGCCAGUUGAGCAAGUCCGCAGGGAAAGCUGCUUCGGUAGGCGACGACGAAGACGGUGCCACGGGGGCGCAAAUGAUGACCAUCAACGACUUUUUGUUCAGUGCUCGGAUUGAUCACUUCAACAUGUUCAAGAUUUUGGAGUACCUUAGUGAGAGUGGACUGGCGAAGAAAUUGGUGGGCUUUGUCGACUCUACGGGUACGAGCGGUUCUUCUGCUGCCCCGCCACCACAAAAUGCCACCGAUGACUCUGACGAAGGUUUCGAAAGCCGCCAUAUAUCACCCUUGCGAACGGUUGAGGCGUUGCUGAAGGCCUUGACCGCUGCUGGGGGUGAUGGCCGAAUCCUCACUCAACCAAAUAACGCAAGCAAGGGCGUUGAAGGCCUGGUCAGAUUUAUUUUGCUGAAUCCUGUGAUUCACUUCCAAGAAAUUGUGAAGAAAUCACGGAGUGUCAUUCUUGCAGGCGGAACAAUGCAGCCGGUAUCCCAAGUAAUCGACCAACUUUUCUCGUCUGUCCCGAGAGAAAGUGUAGACCUGUUCUCGUGUGGACACGUAAUUCCUCCUGAAAAUUUGCUGGGUUUCAGUCUCGCCUCGGGUCCGUCUCAGAAGCAUCUCGAAUUCACAUAUUCUAGACGAGGGGAUAUGGAGGCGCUCGACGAACUUGGUCGCAUCCUUUUCAAUCUUUCGCGCAUCGUGCCAGGUGGUGUUGUGGUAUUUUUCCCUUCUUAUCGCUUUGAAGACAAUGCGGUCCGUCGAUGGCAAACUACGAAACAGUACGAGCAAAUUCAAGCGAAGAAGGCCAUAUUCCGAGAGCCUAAAAAAUCCGAUGAGCUCGCCGAGGUCCUAAUGCAGUAUUCUGCAGCAUGUUCGCAAGACAAUCGCGAUGGCAGUGGCGCUAUGUUGCUCAGUGUGGUUGGCGGUAAGAUGUCGGAAGGAAUCAACUUCAGCGACGAGUUGGCUCGGUGUGUUGUGAUGGUGGGCAUGCCUUAUCCAAAUGCCCGAGACGCAGAGCUAGUCGAAAAAAUGGCAUUUCUGGACAAGAGAAGCCCCGGAUCUGGUCGGCAGUUUUACGCGAGUCUUUGUAUGAAAGCUGUCAACCAGUCGAUCGGUACGUCAAUUCGCCACCAAAAGGACUACUCGACCAUCCUGCUAGUUGACCAUCGAUACUCAAGCUCAGCUGUUCGCAGUCGCCUCCCUGAGUGGAUUCAGAAGCGCGUCCACCCUCCGACAUCAUUUGGGCAAGUAUACUCGCAACUGGUGCAGUUCUAUCGAGCAAAAGAAAACCAAGGUAGCGCUCAAGAGUAG